AAGAUCCCACUCAUCACUUAGUUCUAGAACAAACAGAAUACCAUUAUAAAUACCUAACACAUGAUGUAUGGAAAAGGUAUUAAAAAUUUGAAUUUUAUUAUUUUAACGUUGUUUUUUUUUUCAAUAUCAAGCAUUCUUGAUAAACAUAUCGUACCCAUCGUUUUUCGUACCCAUAUUCAUAAAUAAAGUAUUAGUUUAUAACUUCUGACCGCUAAAAUUACUCUGACUCGAUUAACACCUUAAAAUAACAUAAUUUUUUUUUAUUUACCAAAUAUUCCUUCUACGUUUACCUUAUUAAAAACUUCAAUCUAGCGGA